AUGGAUGAAAAUAUUGAUAAGAAAAGUAUGUUUAGAAAAAUAUUAUUUCCACAAUUAUCUGUGUCACCAGAUGAAAUUGAAAUAUUUGGUUUUAAUAAAAAUCACACAACAAUUUAUGAUAAACAAUAUAAUAUGUAUGAAGUUACUUUUAAUUUUACAAAAAUUUCAUCACCAGUAUGUAAAAAUUUACUGGAAAUUUUUAUAGUAACAAUUAAUAAAAAAGGUAAAAUAAUACUAGAAUUAUAUGGUGGAAUAAUAGAAUUAAAUCAAGACAAAUUUAUUAAUAACAAAGUAACAAUUUAUAUGAAAACAAAAAAUCUUUAUUAUGUGGAUGAUAUUUGUAAUAAUUUUAAUAAUAAUAAUGAUGAAUGUUAUCCAAUUGGUAAAGCAGUAAAAGUUACAUUUAUGUCAAGAAAUGAUAAUACAUGUGAUAAUUUUAAUCUAAAAUCUGUCAAAAUUAAAACAUUAUUUAAGAAAACUCCAACAGAUGUUACAUAUAUUGAAAAUGAAAAUGAAAUUAUUUUUGGUAAUUCUGAAAAUAUAAAGUAUGCUAAUACUUAUGCUAUCUAUACUUCAAAUAUUGGUACACCAGUAUGUUUAAAUAUUACUAGACCAUGGAAAUCUGAGUAUAAAAAAAAUGAAAUGUUUCUUUUAGAUCCAACUGAUGAUAAAUUUCCUAAUGCAAAUAAAAAAUGUUUAAAAUCAAUAAUUAAUUUUAUACUUUUUUUUAUAUUCAUUAUUCUUGGUUCUAUUGAAACAAUAGUUGUUAUAAUUGUCAUUCAUAAUGGGCGAAAAAAGUUAAAAAAAUCUGAAAUUAAUAAUAAUAAACUGUUUAAUGGAAAAAAAUUUUCAACCCAAGAUAAAUUAGGUUAUCAAGUUGAAAAAAAAGAAUCAAAAAUAGAAGUUGUCAAUGAGGAAAAAAGUAAUGAUGAAGAAAAGAUAUCUUCUAUUGAUAAAAAUGAAAAUGUUGGUGAAAAAGAUUAUAAAAAAAAUAUAAUUAGUAAUAAUAUAAAUAACAAAAAACAAGUAUCAAAAGAAAAUGAAAAAGAUAAUUAUGAUGUGGAAGAUUAUGAAGAUAAUGAAGAUGAUAACAAUGAUGAAGAUGUUGAAUCUAAUGCUGGUAAGGGAGGAGAUAGUAAAAAUCAAAAAAAAGGAGCAAAAAAAGUUCCAUUAAAAGGUAUUAAAAAUGUUAGAAAAAAAACAAGUCAACAACCAAAAAAGAAAGUAGUUUGUGGUAAGAAAGGUAUAUCAAAAAAUAAUGGCAAAAAAAGUACUGCUUUCAAAAAAGAGACACCAAAGAAGACGGCAAUACGUAGACAGAAACCAAAACCUGCAGCAAAUGGUCGUCGCAAGUAA